GAACCGGUAACCAUGGAAACCUCCCCCCCCCUCGCUGCCCCAGACGAGACGUCAGCCACAGCAGGACAAACCUGUGUGCAGUUCCACAUUGUAACGCAUUGCAAGGAUCCCUCGCUUUUAGCUAAUUAUAAAAUUUAGAUUCAUUUGGCCACCCUUGGUUCCUGUAGAAGUGCAUAAGGACGGCACAUUGCAACAGACGUCAUUGGGUGGCCUCGUAAAUUAUCUGCUGCAGCCUUUGACUUUCUACAGCUCCGCAACAGAAGCAUGCCUUGGUUGUUCCUGGACUGGUUUGUUCCAGUAUACCUGCUUGUGUCAGUCCUCGUUUUGGCGGGUUUUGGAGCCUGCCUAUACUUUCUGGAACCGGGACUACAAGACGCACACAAGUGGAGCUCUCAGUCGGCACAUCGUCGGCCUCUAGUGGCACACGAUGAGAACUGCUGCAAAGACGAUGAUAACAAUGCACUGAUUUAACCAUGGUGAAGAUCAGUUAACAUGCUGUACACACGCUGUACCGACUGCCUGCACUGGACCAGACACCUUCAAGACAUAUUCAGACCCUUCAGGGGGAAUAGGGAUGAAGGCAUGUAGCAUUGACAGGAAUAUAUGAAAGGACAGUGCCAUUGACCUGAAAAAGAAAGAAGUGAAAUGUCAUUUCAUAAAAAAUAUCAAAUGUCUUUUAAAAAAAAUGUCUUACUGGUCAUAACUGUGUUAAAUCUGUGCUACAUUUCUACAUCGAUUAACUCUGGAAUAUAUUGUCCAAAAAAAUGCUACUUUUAAAUUUCCUAAUAGUAGUUAAAUAAUUAGAGUAAUAUCCAUGGCCUUAAUACAAUUGACACCUAUAACAUAAUUGUUUGUCUCUAGGUCUGUCUUGCAUGGGAUAUGAAUAUGAUGAUGAUGAUAAUAAAUAUCCUGCAUUUUAGUAAUAAACUGAUGAUGUGCUUUGUGCCAAAUCCAUGUAUUCUCCUCUUUUUUAUUUUCAAAUUAACAGCAAUAUAUAGACAGGAGAUGAAAGAUGCCUGUGUGAAAAACUGUUGAAAGGGUUUUCUUUUGGCAUUUAAAAAAUAUACAUGCUGCUUUGUCAUCGAGUGUGAAUUGGCUGUAUGCAAAUUGUACUGUCAGGAGAAUGCUUUGUACAUAAAUUGCACAGUGGAAAAGGCAUAAUAAAAUGCUUUAUUUUAUCAUCA